AUGAGGCCCCCCGGCCGCCGCGGCCUGCUCUCCGCCGGCGCCUGCGCGCUGCUGCUGGCGGCGUUCCUCCUGGUGGGCAGCCUGGUGGUGACGACGCCCCUGGCGCCCUACCUGCUGCCGCCGCUGGGGCUCUCGCUGCCGUGCCUGCCCGCGGUCACCAAGCCGUCGGGGUCCGGGUACGGCGCGGCGCCGGGCGUCGCGGCGCUGGCGGAGGCCGCCGUGGCGUACGCCACCUCGGUGACCGUGCCGCAGCAGUCGCCCAAGGAGAUCUUGCUGUCGCUGGCCGUGCUCCGGCGCCGCGCGCCGCUGCGGCUGCUGGUGUUCGGCCUGGGACACGACUCCAGGCUGUGGCACGCGCUCAACCCCGGCGGCGUCACCGUGUUCCUGGAGGAGGACCCCGCGUGGUACCGCGUGGUGCGGGUGCAGUCGCCGUUCCUCCGCGCGCACCUCGUGGCCUACCGCACGCGGCUCGACCAGGCGGACCGCCUCAUGGCCGCGUACAAGAGGCAACCGGCCUGCCUCCCGGACAGCAACAGUAGCAACGCCACCGGCCUGCUGCGCGUGCGCGGCAACUGGGCGUGCCCGUUGGCGCUGCACAAUCUGCCGCCCGAGGUGUACAAGACGGAGUGGGACAUGUUGAUGAUCGACGCGCCCAAGGGCUACUUCGCGGCGGCGCCCGGGAGGAUGGCCGCGAUAUGGACCGCAGCGGCUCUGGCGCGCGCGCGCCGCGGCGAGGGGGACACCGACGUCUUCCUGCACGAUGUCAACCGGAGGGUGGAGAGGAUGUUCGCCGAGGAGUUCCUCUGCGACAGCAACCUCUUCUGGGUGCCGUGCGACUACAAGCAAUGCGCGUCCAUCGCCAACGUCACCGGGCAGGCCGCGACGCGGCUUCGCCCCUACAGCCCGCGGGGGUCGUCGACGAGCAAGCAGGUGACGUGCGACAACGCGCUGUGCGACCGUCCCAACGCCUGCUCCGCCGCGACCAACGGCAGCUGCCCGUACGAGGACGUGCUCCACCUCACCCGGGAGCGCCCGGGCGCCGCCGCCGCCGCCGGGGAGGCCCUGCAGGCGCCCGUCGUGUUCGGGUGCGGGCAGGUGCAGACGGGCUAUUUCCUGGAUGGCGGCGCCUUCGACGGCCUGAUGGGGCUCGGUAGGGACAAGGUGUCCGUGCCCAGCGUGCUCGCCGCUAGCGGCCUCGUUGAGUCCGACAGCUUCUCCAUGUGCUUCGGCGACGACGGCGCCGGCCGCAUCAACUUCGGCGACGCCGGCAGCCGUGGCCAGGGCGAGACGCCCUUCACCGACCGGAGCACACUGUACAACGUGAGCUUCACGUCCAUCAACGUCGAGACCAGGUCGGUGGCUGCGGAGUUCGCCGCCGUCAUAGACUCCGGCACGUCUUACACGUACCUCAGCGACCCGGAGUACACGGAGCUCGCCACCAACUUCAACUCGCUAGUCCGCGAGAGGAGAGCCAAUUUCAGCAGCAUCUCUGCAGAUCAUUUUCCCUUUGAGUACUGCUACAGAGUCAGCCCUAACUAG